UUUUAGUUUACUUCCAUUUCACCUACUUAAGCAAUUAAAAAACAAUUAUAGCAUGAAAUUAAAAGUCCCUAAUUAAAUUAAGUGGAAUCAGUAAAUGACAAAAAGCCCAAAGACAGAAGAAGCAGCCCAGUAAGAGAAAGGAAGCGUCGAAGCUCAGUGGAAGGAAGAGGCGUAGAAAGCAGAAUGUUUUGAUAUGGCGAAUAGCAAGUACGAGUAUGUCAAGUCAUUCGAACUGGAAGAUGAAGUCAUGCUUCUGAUACAGUUAAACGUAACAGGGAAAGUAGAAGAAGAUGAACAGUAACUCGUAUUGAUUCGAUCCAAUGUUUACACAAAGAAUCGACUCUCACUCGCCAAGAGAUACAUGUAGAAACACUCUAGAUCUGAGAUGAGGAAUCAAUGGUGAUUUUCCUAGAAAAUCACCAAGAAAAUAUAGAGAACAUAGAUGAAGAAGAUAACAAACUUUCUUGACUAUUUUCGAUGAUUCUAACUUCUGUUUUCUCCAGCUAUAUAUCAACUCAAUCUUGCUGACGUGUCACUAUUAGCACCACCACUUUUCCUAUAGCAGCUUCCUAAUUUGAUCCUUGUUCGGAUCGAUGGUCGUGAUUUUUCUAGGUUUUCCCAAGUUCAUGAGUUUGAGAAGCCUAAUGAUGAAGCAGCCCUCAAUCUUUUGAAUUCAUGUUCAGCUGCGGUUUUGGAAGAGUUUCCUGAUAUCAUCUUUGCUUAUGGAUACAGUGAUGAAUACAGCUUUGUGUUCAAGAAAACAUCAAGAUUCUACCAGAGACGAGCCAGUAAGAUUUUGUCGUUGGUAGCUUCCUUCUUUGCUGCAGUCUACGUAACAAAAUGGAAAGAGUUCUUUCCCCAAAGAAAACUGGAAUAUACUCCUUCUUUCACCUCAAAAGUCGUAAGUUGUGCAUCGCCAGAGGUUCUUCAAGCUUAUCUCGCGUGGAGACAACAAGAUUGCCACGCCAAUAAUCAAUACGAAACUUGUUUUUGGAUGUUAGUUAAAAGUGGAAUGACCAUAAGCGAAGCACAAGAGCUUCUUAAGGAUACACAAAAGCAGCAGAAAAAUGAGCUUCUCUUUCACAAGUUUGGUAUCAAUUACAAAACGCUUCCUGAAUUGUUUCGACAAGGAUCAUGUCUCUUCAAGAAAAAGGUGGAAGAAACUGUAAAGCAUGAUGAGAAUGGCAAUCCUGUAAAAAGAUUGAGGAGAAAGGCUGUGUUGGUACACUCAGAGAAUAUUGCUGCAAGAAGCUUUUGGAAUGAGCACCCGUCCCUAUAUAAUGAUCUUGGUCACUUCUCGAAAGAUAUUGGCAGAGUUGAACCAGAUUUCGUUAGAUCGUUUCAGUUCGAGAACAAAUUGUUACCUCUAACUUGGGUCGUUGUUAGGAUUGACGGCUCUCACUUUCACAGGUUUUCUGACGUUCAUGAAUUUGAGAAGCCAAAUGAUGAGCAAGCUCUGAAACUUAUGAAUUCAUGUGCAGUGGCUGUUCUCCAGGAGUUUGAGGAUAUUCACUUUGGCUAUGGUGUGAGUGAUGAGUACAGCUUUGUUUUGAAGAGAGAAUCUGAGCUCUACCAAAGACAAUCCAGUAAGAUAAUAUCUGCAAUCGCAUCCUUGUUUACAUCCACAUAUGUGAUCAAAUGGGGAGAUUUCUUCCCUCGCAAAGAACUGAAGUACCCUCCAUCGUUUGAUGGACGAGCAGUAUGCUACCCAACGUACAAGAUUCUUUUGGAUUACUUGGCUUGGAGACAAGUUGACUGCCAUAUCAAUAAUCAGUAUAAUACAUGUUUCUGGAUGCUUGUUAAGUCUGGAAAAACCAAAACACAAUCCCAAGAUUACUUGAAGGGAACCCAAACACGAGAAAAGAACGAGCUGCUUAGCAGUCAAUUUGGAAUUGAGUACAAUACAUUACCUCUAAUCUUUCGAAUGGGUUCAUCCGUUUUGCGCUCAAAGGAAGCUGUUGCAGUCGAGAAUGGAGUAGUAGUUUCAGGGAAGAAACUGAAACGGGAAGGAGAAGUGGUGGUAGAUCAUUGCAACAUCAUUGAACGCGGUUUCUGGGAAGAACAUCCACACAUCCUUAGCUAUUCAUGAAACAGCUGCUUCUUUAAUCAAAGCGUUGGAGACAUGGAAACACUUUUUUAGCUAGACUUGUUUGUUUUCAUGUUUGACACAAAGACGAGUAACAUAAAGAGAAAAACACAUUAACAUAAAUU